UUGCGCUGUUGCAGAGCAGUUUUCCAGACAGGACCGGGGCGGAAGAGGAAAAGAAGCCGGAGAAGCGAAUAGUGGAGCGGAGGAAGAGAAUGUGACAACUGCUGGAUGCGGACAAGAGAGUGUGUGCGGCUGGCUACACUUGCCUUUGAGGGAGGCCCUUCUCGGCUCUUAUUGCACCUGUCCCCCUCCGUCUCCGCGGCCAGGCGCAGUUUGGGCGAGAGCGAUCCGCUCCUUUAUCUACCAGGCAGGGCGCGCAGCGGCGGAGGCGCACACACACACACACACACGCGUGGCGAAACUGUACUCACACACAUCCAUACACAGCCAGGGCAGGCAGGCAACAUGACUUCAUCCUACAAUCUGGAAUUUCUGCCCGAUAUGAUGGUGGAGAGCCGCCUGCUUGUUCCCGGAGACAGAAUUAACGGCACGGCCGGGAAGAUGAACGGGGCGCUGGAGCAUUCAGACCAGCCAGACCCGGACGCCAUCAAGAUGUUUGUGGGCCAGAUCCCGCGCUCCUGGUCAGAGAAGGAGCUGAAGGAGCUGUUUGAGCCGUACGGAGCCGUCUACCAGAUCAACAUACUCCGAGACCGCAGCCAGAACCCUCCACAGAGCAAAGGCUGCUGUUUUGUCACGUUUUACACAAGGAAAGCUGCCCUCGAAGCCCAGAAUGCACUGCAUAACAUAAAGACCUUAACAGGGAUGCACCACCCUAUUCAGAUGAAACCUGCAGAUAGUGAGAAAUCUAACGCGGUGGAAGACAGGAAGUUGUUCAUCGGCAUGGUGUCGAAGAAGUGCAACGAGAACGACAUCCGGGUUAUGUUCUCUGCGUUUGGCCAGAUCGAGGAGUGCCGAAUCCUCAGGGGGCCUGACGGACUGAGCAGAGGUGUGUGUCGCUCCGACUCACUUCCAUCCACACGAUGUGCGUUUGUCACGUUUUCCACCAGAGCUAUGGCACAGAAUGCAAUCAAAGCCAUGCACCAGUCUCAGACUAUGGAGGGCUGCUCCUCCCCCAUCGUGGUGAAGUUUGCCGACACGCAGAAGGACAAGGAGCAGCGGCGUCUGCAGCAGCAGCUGGCGCAGCAGAUGCAGCAGCUCAACAGCGCCACCACCUGGGGGAGCCUGACGGGCCUGGGCGGCCUCACCCCGCAGUAUCUGGCUGUAAGGAGAGCCGCCACGUCACCCACCAUCACCUCCUCCACCCCUUACUACAGCCCCAUGGCCAACGCCGCCGCAUUGCUCCAGCAGGCGACCUCCUCCAGUAACCUAGGAGCCUUCAGCGGGAUCCAGCAGAUGGCCGGUAUGAGUGCUCUGCAGUUGCAGAACCUGGCCACUUUAGCAGCGGCGGCGGCGGCGGCCCAAAACUCAGCCAGUCCCAACACCGCUAACCCCCUGUCCACCAACGCUGCCUCCCUGGGAGCAUUGGCCAGCCCAGCGGCGGGCACAACAGCCAGCUCCAACGCCAGCGCCAUGAACUCUCUGACCUCUCUGGGCACCCUGCAGGGCCUGGCGGGCGCGACCGUGGGCCUGAACAACAUUAAUGCACUAGCAGGUAGCGUCAACAGUAUGGCGGCUCUCAACGGAGGACUGGGCGGCGCAGGGCUCACCAACGGGACGGCAGGCACCAUGGACGCGCUGACGCAGGCUUACUCAGGGAUCCAGCAGUAUGCCGCCGCGGCGCUGCCCACCCUCUACAGCCAGUCCCUGCUGCAGCAGCAAGGGGCCGCCGGCAGCCAGAAAGAGGGUCCCGAGGGUGCCAACCUGUUCAUCUACCACCUGCCCCAGGAGUUCGGAGACCAGGACAUACUGCAGAUGUUCAUGCCUUUCGGAAACGUGGUCUCUGCCAAAGUCUUCAUCGACAAACAGACAAACCUUAGCAAGUGCUUCGGCUUCGUCAGCUAUGACAAUCCCGUGUCGGCACAGGCGGCCAUCCAGGCCAUGAACGGCUUUCAGAUCGGCAUGAAGCGGCUGAAGGUGCAGCUGAAGCGCUCCAAGAACGACAGCAAACCGUACUGAUCUUAGCACUAGGGUCUAUCUGCUCCCCAUGUUAGCACUGCUAGGAACAACCCAUCUCCAUGCCUGUUAGCUCAUCGUUUUAGCAUGUUCUCCGUGGCGUCCAAACAAACAAAAACUUGAAACAAAACAAAUCCCCCGCCAAAAAAACGACAAAAAAGUCCACGUCCUCUUCCUCCUCUCCUCCUCCUCUCGUCCUCCCCCGUCAUUGUUUUUUCUGAUGUCUUUUCCGAGCUCACCUGAUCUAACCUGGUCCUCCUCCUCCUCCUCCUCCUCCUCCUCCUCCUCCUCCUCCCCCGCCGCCUACUGACCUUGA